CGCGCGGAGGGGGAAGGGAGGGCUCGCCUUGGCUCCUUCCUCUCCCCUUAUAAGCCCUCGUCCACUCUUCCUUCCCUCCCCCCUCUCUCCCUCCCCAUCUUGACCCCGCCGCCGCCACCACCUGCCGCAGCUUAGGCGCCGGGGAACUGGGGAAGGAAGCUGCCAAGCAACCCUAACCUAAUAACCUUCCCUGCGCGGCUGCGCCGCCGGUUGGAGAGGAGUAGCUGCCGACAUGUCGUACAUGGCGUACUCGCCGUCCCCCUCCACCACGCCGCACUCCCCGCGCAUCUCGGGCCUCCGCGCCUCCUCCGCAGCCGUCGCCGACCAGGAGAAGUACCUUUCGGAACUGCUCGCGGAGCGCCACAAGCUGAACCCGUUCGUCCCAGUGCUCCCUCAUAGCAUUCGGUUGCUCAAUCAAGAAAUUUUACGUGUUUCCUCACUAUUGGAGAACGCCUCUCUUUUAAAUCAAAGUGGCUUUGAACAUGGUAGUCCACUAACAUCUGGAGGAUUAUAUUCAAAUGGAGCAGCAACUGAUAUGAAUGGGUGGACAUCAGCAUUUCAAUCAGAAAGUUCGUCAGCUUAUAGCUGGCUAGGAGGUUCUCAAGGCAGCUCCUCGGGACCAGUUGUGAAGAAAACAUUGAGGGUUGAUAUUCCAGUAGACAAAUAUCCAACAUACAAUUUUGUUGGUCGCAUCCUUGGUCCUAGAGGAAAUUCAUUGAAGCGAGUGGAGGCAACUACUGACUGUCGUGUGCUAAUAAGAGGCCGUGGUAGCAUUAAAGAUCCAGCUCGGGAGGAGAUGAUGCGUGGGAAGCCAGGAUAUGAACAUCUGAAUGAACCCCUACAUAUAUUGGUAGAGGCAGAGCUUCCUGUUGAAAUUGUUGAUGCUCGUCUGAUGCAGGCCCGUGACAUCCUUCAAGAUCUUCUAAAGCCUAUCGAUGAGUCUCAGGACUUCUUCAAGAAGCAGCAGCUCCGGGAGCUUGCAUUGCUCAAUGGCACCCUCCGUGAAGAAGGGAUGCAAAGAUCUGGUUCAGCAUCCCCUUUCCACAACAGCCUUGGAAUGAAGAGAGCCAAGACAAGGGGGUAAAAACACCAAGUGUUACCAAGGGAGAACGAAUCAUCUGUCCUGAGGCUGAAACCGAGUAUGCCUAUGGGUUUGCCUUGCUGGCUAAUGGCGCAAAAUGGUCUCGCACCGCUAGCAUCGGAGCGGCCCGUACUUGAUAAUACAUAUAUCCGGAGUUGUGUUUGCUGCUACUGGAGAUGUUUGGUUAUGGCAACAUUGGGUGCUGGCUGUUCAGCUAUAUAUUGGGUUGUGCCAACUUUGGUAGCACUGUGGUUUGUGUGUAUUGUUGAGCUGAUGACUGGGGUUUGAUAUAAGGCUUUGUGCUUGUAUUUAAGUUUUUGAAGAAUGUGAUCCCAAUAAUGUUAUCUGUAUUGUAUUGACUUUGUAACUUGGUACAGCUUCAUUGCCUAUUAGAUAUGUACUGUAUACGCAUUGGGGUUUGUCAA